AUGAAUUCUUCAUACAACACCACAAUUAUCUUCAACACCACCCAGCCCGCAUCCUCACCACCGGGCUGGACUCCCGUCCUGAUCAUGAUGGCCCUCAUUGCUGGUAUCUCCUUCUCACUAAACUCCGUAAUGCUCCUGCUGCAGUUCCUCCCGCAAACCCGUAUCACAUCCUUCACCGUGUACCUGAUUGCCAUAUGCAUCGGGAAUCUCGGUUAUUUAGGCAUCGUCCGACCAAUCGGGAUUAUGACCUCGGCAACGGGAGUGUUCCCCGGUGGUUACGCAUUAUGUAUGUUCUACAUGUACGUGCAGUUUAUCAUCUGUCAAGUCCCGGUACUGGUGCACGCUCUCAUCUCCAUCAACCGCUUUUGGGCGAUCCGCUACCCGGUAUCUUACCGGCAUCGUCAUCAUAAAAAGAUGUCCAUUCUGCUCUGCGCCAGCGUGUUCCUGUACGUGCACUUGGUGCAGUUUCCCAUGUUCAUGGUGGAAUACUACAUUAUCAGUCCAAUCAAGAAAGGUUGUCAGUUGACCGGGGCAGCGUGGAUGCCCUGGCGCAACGCCGAUAUUGUUCUGCAUCGCUUCAUACCGCUGAUUCUGGUCAUCGGGAUCUACAUCUACAUUAUUGUCAAGAAAUGGAAAAAGAAGCGCACUAUUGAUCACCACGAAAUGAGUGUGGCUUCCACGCAGAAUGGCACUGCGUUUACGAAGGCUGAUAUUGUUGAAGACGAUGAUGAAAGAGCCGGCGCGAAGAAGCUUAAAGGGAAGAAUUCCCGUGGGAAUAAGCGGGCAGUUAAGCCUUUUGUCGUGUUAACGAUGACCUCGGUUUCCGUGCUGCUGUGCUGGAUUCCGGCGGAUGUAUACUGGGCGAUGCUGUACCUGGGAUUCCGCUUGCCCGCCUGGGCAUACACAAUUGUCAGUACUUUAUACAGUCUGCAAAUGAUUUUUUGA